CUCAGCUCUUCUCCAAGAUGGCAACCACUGAGAGAAAGCCUCUGAACUUGGUUCUCGGAGCCGGAAACGUCGGCGACACUUCCAUCGACCCUCUGGCCCGCUUUGAUACGCCAGGUCAGGUGAAUGGCUUCCUAAACGCCUUCCUGGAGCGCGGCUACACACAGCUCGACACGGCCAGGGGGUAUUCGCCCAGUGCGCCAGGAACCUCAGAGCCCCGACUCGGGGCGGUCGCUGCGGGGGCCCGGUUUACCAUCGAUACCAAGGUCCUGUCUCGGGAACCCGGCAGCCACACCAAGGCCAAGAUCCUCGAGGAGAUUGACGCGUCCCUCGAGGCGCUGCAGAUCAAGCAGAUCAACAUUGAAUACCUGCACGCGCCGGACCGGGCCACGCCGUUCGAGGAGGCGUGCGAGGCCAUGGACCAGGCCCACCGGGAAGGCAAGAUCAAGAAAUGGGGCCUCUCCAACUACACGGCCGAGGAGGUCCAGAAGUUCCUCGACAUCUGCGAGGCACGAGGCUGGGUCAAGCCCAGCGUCUACCAGGGCCACUAUAACGCCAUCGUGCGCAGCGGCGAGAAGCACCUCUUCCCUCUCCUGCGCGAGCACGGUCUCGCUUUUUACGCCUAUAGCCCCGCGGCGAGCGGCUUUUUUGCCGGCAACUACAGAAAUCCAGUCGUGGGCGGGCGGUUCGACCAGUCGCACUUUGUGGGCGACCUCUACAGGGAGUACUACGUCAAAUCCGCCAUCACGGCGGCCACCGACAGGGCGGUCGAGGUGGCGACCCGGCACGGCAUCGGCGGGCAUGCGGCCGCGCUCCGCUGGACGGCGCACCACAGCAUCCUGAGCGCCGACCACGGCGACUCCAUCAUCGUGGGUGCCAGCAGCGUGGAGCAGCUGAAGUCCAACCUCGACAUGAUCGAGCAGGGCCCGCUGCCGCACGAGGUUGUCUCUGCCAUCGAGGCAAUCCACGCCGAAAUCGGGGAUGAGGUGUCGUACCAUUUGUAGGGUAGUGCCUGGACAGGGUGGGGAUUAGACCAUUAGAGAUUCCGGCGUAGGAUCGACUACGGAAAG